AUGGAAGAGUUCAGUGACGUCAUUGUGGAUGAGAUCACCACUGGAUUGCCACCAGCCAGAUCAACUGACCUUAAGUUGAAACUCAUUGAUGAGAACAAGAUCAUGCGUGGUUACCCUUAUCGCAAGUCACCCAAACAGCAAGAGGCAAUGGAUCAGAUAACCAAGCGACUGUAUGAGAGAGGUGCCAUCAUUCCAUCGACAGCAGCACAUGGAUGCACAGCCAAUGUCAUUUGGAAGAAAGAUGGACGACCAAGACUGAUCAUUGACUUCAGACCAGUAAACAACAACAUUGUCACAGCAACAGACAAUAUACCAAGAACAGACGACAUCAUCAAUCGAUUUCAAUCCAACAAGUGGUUCACAGAUGCAGAUAUGAUUGAUGGUUAUUGGCAAUGUCGUGUCUCACCAGAGAGUUCAAAGUACCUCAACUUCAGCGAUGGUCGUCGUAUGUGGUCCUGGGUUGUACUACCGCAAGGUCUCUCCUCGUCUCCUAGCGUAUUCAAUCAAGCGAUCGCAGCCAUCUUACAAGAAGACAAUGACAACUCACAGUUCAACUACUUUGACAACAUCAUCUACUUGAAGAAGUCCAAGACACAUUUGUUUGAGAACAAGAUCGAAGUGCUUGGAUACCAAGUACAUGACGGCAAGAUCAUCACGCAGCCCUCCAAGGUAGAGGCCAUCAAGACCUUCCCAAUACCCACCACUGGCAAAGCAAUGCAAUCGUUCCUUGGUUUGGUCAACUUCUAUUCCAGUUUCAUCCCCAAGCUGGCAGAGUUGACAAGUGAACUGUACGAGGUGGCAAAGGUCAAGGGCAACAUCAAGCUGACUGAGCAACAGACAUACUUGGUCAAUACUAUCAAAGAUUCAAUCAGUGACAAGAGUCAAUUGGUUAUUCCUAAUCGAAACAAGUGUUUGGAACUGUACACAGACGCGUCAUCCAUUGCGCUGGGUUCAACUGUCAAUCAACGUGAUGACAAUGGGUCACUUCAAUUGGUCGCAGCAUUCUCACGCAAGCUCAACGAGAGUGAACGGAUGUUUACAACAACAAUCAGAGAGACAAUGGCAAUCAUCGAGACACUUAAGAAGUAUGAGAGCAUGCUCAUCGAUUCAGAGUUAUUGAUCAAGACUGAUCAUCUCAAUAUCACGUACUUAAAGGACAAGCAACAACUGUCACCCAAGGAGUUCAGAUGGUUGGAGUACCUCAAUCGAUUCAAGUACAAGAUUGAUCAUGUGGAUGGAAAUUCCAACGGCGCUGCGGAUGCCCUGUCUCGAAGAGAGGAUUACGAGUCACCAUUACCAUCAAAGUACACAGAUCAAAUCAGAACAUCAAGCAUCAACAACGAGUUCAUUCAACAACUUAAGGAUAGACGAGACACCACCGUGAUUGAUAUCAAUGGACUAUCUUAUUUGGUCGAAGGCGAGAACCGACGACUCAUCAUCACAGACAAGCAUAUCAUUCAACAGCUCAUCUCAGAGGCACACGACAGCCUUCAUUGA